CGCUGACAACCAUACAAGUCAACGUGUUGCCAUCGCACAGCAUUGAAUUAAACCUUCUUCAGUGUAUAUGUUUUGUGCCCUCCUUCAGUGAGGUUUUGUGGUGCUGAGUAAGCAUUGUUUUCCUUUCCGUAUUUGUUUUGUUUUUGUGACGUGUAACCAUGUCUUCUGCAGCAAUAUUAACAUCAGACUGGUUUCUUCUUGGCAGGGACUUAUAUUACAGACAAAAAUGAGGCACGUCAUUCUACUGAAGGUGGUCUAUCUCCCAAGCAAGAUACUGAGACACGGGACACUGGGAAUAUCACUGCGGUUGAGGAAGAAUAGCGAUCACAGCCACAUGCAAAGGUGCAAAAUGAUACAAAAAAACGUCAAGAAAAAACAGUAAAUGAAACUAUUGCACGUAUACCUAUAACUAAAGGCAACAAGAGAAUGGCAAAAAACACGAAAUCUGAAGAAGCGUACACGGUAAUGAAAGAACUAUCAAGUAACGUGAAAAAGCGAGAUGACUUUGAUGUGUAUGGUGAAUAUGUAGCGACCACCUUGCGAAACCUUAAGAGCAAAUCGGUGCAAAUCUACGCCAAAUUUGAAAUAAAUAAUAUUCUCUAUAAAGCAGAGUGUUCAGACAUACAACCUGGGACAUCUACCACUCCGUUCGCUACACCGACGCCCUCUGCUUCCCCAGCUACAUCAGAUCAAACAGGCACUAAAUCAUACAAUACACCUGAGGCAUCCUCCAUUCCAUCCACUACACCUACACCCGUAACUUUCCCCAGCUAGACCAAUUCAAACAGACACGACACUCAAUCAUGCACAUGUGCAGAUACCGAGGAUGAAUUAAAUUUUACGCAAAUGUUACUUUCUCU